AAAAGGCCUCCUCCCAAAAAAACACAGCACUGAGGGUACUAGUUGUGUAUGCCAGCGAAAGCAGGGUCUUCCCCAACCCUAACCCCCCUUCCCCCACUUAGGGUUUCUCUCCUCUCCCUGGCCUUCUUUCUUACUAUUACAAAUUCCCCCAACCCAGGCAACUGACAAUGACCUAACAAUUUCACUUCUGUAAUCUGUUAUUUGGAUCCUAAUUUCUUAGCCUUCCCAUUUAUUUUUCCCUUUUCCUAGCAUUUCCCCGGUGAUAAUUACUAUUAAUGGAAGCGAGGGUCGGGGUGUCUGGCCCCGGCGGGGUUGUAGACGGCGGUGCAAGGAAGUUCUUGUCCCAGCAGCAGCAGCCGCCGCCGCCGCCGCCUUUGCAUCACCAGUCCCAGAUUGGCACAGUACCUCAGCUUCUCGCUGGUGGAAUAGCCGGAGCUUUCAGCAAGACGUGCACAGCCCCCCUUGCUCGCCUUACCAUUCUUUUUCAGGUCCAAGGUAUGCAUUCAGAUGUUGCAGUAUUGAGCAAGCCUUGUAUAUGGCGCGAGGCUCUGCGGAUUGUUAAUGAAGAGGGCUUUCGAGCUUUCUGGAAAGGGAACCUGGUUACAAUUGCACAUCGGCUUCCUUAUUCUUCGGUCAACUUCUACGCCUAUGAACGCUACAAGAGUUUAUUGAAAUCAAUUCCGGCAUUCAGUAGUCAUGGUGGAAAUGCAAGUACAGAUGUCUUUGUGCAUUUUAUAGGUGGUGGAUUAGCAGGCAUAACGGCUGCUUCUGCCACAUAUCCUUUGGACCUUGUCCGGACCCGACUUGCAGCGCAGAGGAGUGCAAUAUAUUAUCAUGGCAUCUGGCAUGCACUUAGUACCAUUUGCAGAGAUGAAGGCUUUUAUGGUCUGUAUAAAGGGCUAGGAGCAACACUGUUGGGUGUUGGACCCAGUAUAGCCAUAAGCUUUUCAGUCUAUGAGACAUUGAGAUCAUUUUGGCAUUCAGAAAGGCCUGAUGAUUCUACUGUCGUGGUAAGCCUUGCUUGUGGGAGUCUUUCAGGCAUUGCAUCAUCGACUGCAACUUUCCCUCUGGAUCUUGUGAGGCGGAGAAUGCAAUUGGAGGGGGUUGGUGGUCGUGCUCGCGUGUAUAAUACUGGUUUGUUGGGGACAUUUGGGCACAUAAUCCGCACUGAAGGCCUACGCGGCUUGUAUAGAGGAAUAAUGCCAGAGUACUACAAAGUGGUACCUAGCGUAGGGAUUGUUUUCAUGACAUAUGAAACACUGAAGAAUCUUCUAUCCAGUGGGCCUUUUAACUCAUAGUCGGUGUGGCGUCUCCUACCACUGUCUGUGUUGCAACUUACCAUUCGCUUGACAGGUAGAAAUCAAUCAGUCUCUCAAUUUUGUUUAGGAUACAUGUAAGGGUAAAUUUUCUUAUAUUACCUGGGGUUAGAAUCCAUGGUAAAUUUUGUAGUUGCUGCCAUGAAACAUUUUUUAUUCGAUGUAUAGGCUAUUAGAUAGUAGCAAUCUCUCAAAGGGGAAAUGUAUCACUCCUGUUGCAGAUGUAGGUCCUUUUUCGGGAACGUGUUUCUUAACUGAUGAUUUAAAUCAUCAUGAAGUGUUGUUGUUGCAAUUGAUUUAUAAGAAUAUAGCAUUAUGUUUCCAACA